GUGCUGCUGCCGGUCCGCUCCGAUAGCUCAACAUGAACGUUAACUGUCAAGAUCAUUUUAAAAGUGAAGAGAACAGUAUUUUUCCUUCUGAGAGCUGGCUGCAGGAUUCUGAGUUUCUCCUGCAGUACUGUCCUAUUCACUACCAUUUCCUAAAGCGGGUCAUGGAGCUAUGUUCCGUUCUUCACGUUAGGUACUAAUGAAGUUACUUGCUUCGUCAGUGGAAAUGCAGAUCCAUGAAAUUACAUUUUGUGCAAGUUGUUGUUAACUCUGUUGGCAAUGUCUAUGAUUUUAUCUGCCUCUGUGGUCCGUGUGAGGGAUGGACUCCCACUGUCCGCAUCUACUGAUUAUGAGCAGAGCACGGGAAUGCAGGAAUGUAGAAAAUACUUUAAAAUGCUCUCAAAGAAACUUUCUCAGCUUCCUGAUAGAUGUACUCUGAAAACUGGGCAGUAUAAUAUAAACUUUAUAAGUUCUCUGGGAGUAAGCUAUAUGAUGUUGUGCACUGAAAAUUAUCCCAGUGUCCUGGCUUUCUGCUUCCUGGAUGAGCUUCAGAAAGAAUUCAUCACUACCUACAAUAUGAUGAAGACAAAUACUGCUGUCAGACCAUACUGUUUUAUAGAGUUUGAUAAUUUCAUUCAGAGGACCAAACAGAGAUAUAACAGCACACGUUCUUUGUCAACAAAGAUGAAUCUUGCUGACAUGCAGACAGAGAUCAAACUGAGACCACCUUACCAAAUUUCCUUGUCAGAACUUGGUUCAGCUAAUGGAUUUGCACAUUUAUCUGUGGCUGAAUAUAAGGGUACUGGUAAGAUAUCUGCAGCUCUUCAUCAGCGUCUGGAACCUGUGACUCUGCCAGGGAUUGUCUCAUUUGUGCUUAGCCUGUUGUGCGGGGCUUUGAAUUUAAUUCGUGGCUUUCAUGCCAUAGAAAGUCUUCUCCAGAAUGAAGGUGAAGAUUUCAGCUAUGUUAUUGCAUUUUUUCUUGGAACAGCAGCCUGUUUGUACCAGGACACAGACUGUAUCUUUAUAGUUCUACAGGCAACCUGAGGUUGUUUCCUAGCAAGAAGGAGGUGUGUAGCAACAAGAUGACACUCCAUAGCUCUCCUGGUGGUCUCUCCCUGUGCGCCAGGUGUGGCUACACUGGAAUGCUGUGCUGUGUCUCUUACUGAGCAGCUGAAAAGGAAAGGUAGGAUGUCCAUUAGCCUGUAUUUCAUUUCAGACUGAAUUGCAACAGUUACUUGAAGGACAGGAGAGGUCCAAGCAUACCUGAGUGGUGAGAGCAGGAGAGUCCUGCUCUUAGCUCCUCAGUAAAGGCAGGAGUGAAAACUAUUGCUCUUGAUGGCACAGCAGGGUUGCUGGUAAUGGUUUUGUCCGGGCUUUGGUUGUUGUGAACUCAGGGUUGUGUGACCAGCCCAAGGUUGUUGUGAACUCAAGGUUCACAGCGCCAGCUUUGGCCUUUAUGGCUCCUGUUGGAACUUGGGCUGCAGCACGUAAGAAGGGAUUUGCCACUAGGUGGGGAGGCCUUGUGUGGAGCCUUUUGCGGGCACCCUUGUAGCUAGGAGCAGCAGCAGCAUGUACAGUAGGGUUCUGUGGUGCACUAUUAACUGCUGUGCUGCUGGGGAGGGUGGUGUCCGUUAGAUGGUGGCACACACAGCCUGGGGUGGUUAUUUUUUGCUUAUCUGUAGUUGGAUUUGAUGGUUUGUGUAUCAUCAGUUACUUUGGAAGGAGUGGCUGCUCUUAGGGGGAGACAUGCCCUCCCUUUCCCCUGUGAUGGAAGGGGUCUUCUUGUCUCAGCCUGAGCUUGUGGCACUGCUCAGCAAUCAUGGUAGUUGGGCUAAAACCGCACAAGUCUGUUCCAGUAGAUGGCAAUAGUUAUUUGCAGGUGAAAUUCUGUGUUUAAAGAAAAGAUCUCUGAGCCCAGCUGCUUACAGGGGAAGCUCGCUUGCUCUGACUGUUCUCCUGUGGAGCUUUUUAUUCAAAUGGCACCUGUGCUGUGCCAGCAUUGCCUCUGAGCUUGUCAACACUGGGUUCUCACCAUGCUGUAAUUCUCACCUGGCACCCACCACUUCCUUACCCGCUCUUCUUGGCACCGGCUUUCAGUGGGAGCUGUGAAGAAUGGGGUUGGCACCAGCAGUGCAGCCUUGUUACCAUUGCUGCAAGCCAAAUGCCAGGGCAGAGCAGGGCGAGUGGGGACUGUGGACUGCUCAGGGGCAGAAAUUGGAAAAUAGAACCUUGCGUUAUAGACAAGCUGCCUGUCUGUCACAUGGCAGAAAAACAGUGCUGCUGCUGUCUCCCAUCCCAUCAGAAGUUCAGUGUUCUCAGUCCUGCCCCAGCCUGCCCAGGUGCUCUGGCUUUAUCAAUUGAAAAUCCUGGGACCAAAUGGAUCAAGAGAGUGUAAUCUGAGGGGUUUCAUCUUAAAACAGUUGAUCUGCACUUUUUCAGGCUGCAUCCCAACCUUUCUCUCCCAAACUUCAAAGUUUGGGAGUGAUGAUGCCCUGAGGAGCAGUCAGAAAGGUUAACAGAAUGAAAAUACUUGCUCCAUGGCAUAGAUGCUGGCCAGAUGUUGGUGCCCACGUGUAUUGUGUAAAGCACAGACAGCAAGGCCAGGGAUACUGGCAGUGCAGGGAACACGUGUAAGAAAUCUGGUGCGUCCCAAAUGUAUCAUUCUAUUAUGUGCAGGCAGAUACUUGAAGCAGCCAGCUUUGUGUUGGAGAGAAGUGGCUGAACACCUUAAAAUUCACCAGAAUGCUUUCUGGACAGAAAAAAAUGCAUGUAGGGAAAAUCAUUCAGCCUAUCAGUGUGUGCAGCAACUUAAAUGGGAGAGCAGAGCACUGGAGGCUACUGGCUUCCUUCCCUGGUAAUACCCAUCUCCAGAUAGUUUCAAAAAUUGCUUGUAUGAGAUGAUGUCCUAAAUUGCAUGAUUAUAUAAGAUAAUAUAUAAAGUAUUAAAUAGUUCUUCACCAUCUUUCUUAGCCUGAUACUUGAAGUAUUUCAUGGCUUUUUUGUUAACACAACUAUUUUCUCAGUACACUUAUAAAACCCCUCCUAGCAGAUAGGAGCUUGCAAGUAAGUAAUUUGUUUCUUAGUUGCCUAUGGUCUUCUCAACCAAAUAAGUCAGUUGACAGCUGCAGCUUAUUGUUUGUCAGUUAUAAUUCAGGCUUCUGUUAAUAGAUAGAUAGCAUUAUGUGGAGCAUUUACUUCUACCUGUAAAGACUGGAAAUGUUGCAUGGCAAGCAGAGCUGCCACCUUCCAGGUGUCCUUGAGAGGACAAGUACCGAGGUACCUGGGGAAUUUUUUGGUGACGGUGGUGUACUUUAUAAACUACACACAAUUUUUAUUUUAUUUUAUUUUUUUUUUUUAAUAGGACAUAGACACAGAAUAAUUUAAGCUGUUCAGUUAUACCAGUAUAUUUACCCACAGUGCCACGAGGCUUUGUCAGCUCUGCUGAGGCUACCCUUUCAGGGCAAGUGGGUGCACAAGAGGGACCCGGGGGAUGUUCAGGGUGCAGUCAAGACCUUGCUGCUCUCUGUACUGGGUACUGCGUAGCACCAGUGUGGUCAAGCAGCCACCUGUUGAUGCUGGUCAAGAAAGGGAUGUUUCCGUUUGCAGAUUCAGUAUCAUCUCCUACACAGCUUACAUAUGAUCACUAGCCAGGUGCAGCAAAAAUAAAACAGAGACACUUUACCAGUGAAACAGUGUUUAAUAUAGUUAAAUUACUUAAAUAGAUUUCAAUUUCCAUGGGAAAUCAUAACUGUAUCCAUUUUUGCAAGAUCCAGAGUAAAGAGUGUGUGAAUACCCCUUGAAAUGAUCAUGACGCACUGUCAACAAUCACAGCUAGAGAUACGGGGGACUUGAAAUUUCAUUGACAACACAACUUUAUAAGAUGAAUCAAAAGUUAAGAAGACCGCAGACUUUCAUAAAGCAGAAAGCAAACCUAAAACCGAGUUUAUGGCAUGAAGGUAAUGAAUCUGAGUGAGGGGGCAAAAAGGGAUGGAAGGUGGAGAGGGGAAGAAAGGUGUAACAGCAUGAUGCAACAGAAAUAUUUUGCAAACCAGGGAAGAUGUAAAGGAGCAAAAGUAUAGUACAAGGGCAGACUUGGCAGUUUUACAGAAGUCAAUAUACUAUACUUUUCAGAGAUGUUUCCUAGUGGAAGGGAGAAGGAAAGGGGCGAUGCCAUUUAAGCUCGUGUUUAAAUGGCUUAAUGCUUAGGUUAUGCUUAGCAGUAUAGCAAAUUAAUCAAGACAGGCCCAUGGAUUUUCACUUCUUCUUGUUGAGUAGGAAAAAAUAAAUCACCACCACCAUAGUGCAAUCAAUAAGCUGUUAGUACUACAGUAAUUCUGCCCUGAGAAGAGUGGAAAAGAACUUUAUUAAAUGUCAAAAGAUUGGAGUAAUUUUUAGUUCUAGCCAAAUUCAAUAUCAAAACUCUCCCAUCAUAGAAUAUAAAAAAUAUAGCAUUUUUUAAAAUUCUUUUUUU